GAGACUCGGCCAGCUGCUGUCCACGCAAGGUGCGCUCACUGCAGGAGGAGAGGCGCAACAAGACAGGGACCGGCCACUUUGUUUCGCUUUGUCGUGCUGUUUAACAUUUUGUUUAUAAUUGGGAAAAUUACAAUUGGAAAUGUUUCUACAACAUUUCACUCACUCAAAUCGUUUUAGCGCCAGAGUUGGAGUGAAGGAUAGUCCGCUGUUCGUUUGAGGAGUUUCUGUGGAUCUGGGAAGAUAAUGUGAGGUACACCAAACAUCAAAUUUGACUGCAAUAUCCUCCCCCAGACACAGCCAUGAAAUCUGUGCUUGAUGGUGUGGCAGACACCACCUUCCGGACUAUCACCUCGGGUUUGCAAUAUCUGGGCUCCAACGACGCCAAGUAUGACGACCCCACCAUCCACGCCGACUUCAUUAAGGGCGCCUUCGGUAUGCAGAAACCCUCGUCCGCCUUCCGCAGCCACACGUUCCCCGACAAAGUACCUGCGGACGAAGAUCUCAUCCUCAAGGGCAUGUUGCCCUACCCUACCAACGCCACGGAGCUCCUUGGCAACAGGAGCGCCUUCGGCGAGGACGGCGACACCAUGCGCUGCAGCGAGAACUUCAUGGACAUGGAGUGCUUCAUGAUCCUGACGCCCAGCCAGCAGCUGGCCGUGGCCGUCAUGUCUCUGACGCUGGGCACCUUCACCGUUCUGGAGAACCUGGUGGUGCUCUGCGUCAUCUUCCAGUCCCGCACCCUCCGCUGCCGGCCCUCCUACCACUUCAUCGGCAGCCUGGCCGUGGCCGACCUGCUGGGCAGCGUCAUCUUCGUCUACAGCUUCCUGGACUUCCACGUGUUCCACCGGAAGGACAGCACCAACGUGUUCCUCUUCAAGCUGGGCGGGGUCAUCGCCUCCUUCACGGCCUCCGUGGGGAGCCUGUUCCUUACGGCCAUCGACCGCUACAUCUCCAUCCACCGGCCGCUGUCCUACCGGCGCAUCGUGACGCGCACCAAGGCGGUGAUCGCCUUCUGCGUGAUGUGGACCAUCUCCAUCGUCAUCGCCGUGCUGCCCCUGCUGGGCUGGAACUGCAAGCGGCUCAACACCGUGUGCUCCAACAUCUUCCCCCUGAUCGACAAGAACUACCUGAUGUUCUGGAUCGGCGUGACCAGCGUGCUGGUGCUCUUCAUCAUCUACGCCUACAUGUUCAUCCUGUGGAAGGCGCACAACCACGCCGUGCGCAUGCUGAGCCGCAGCUCCCAGAAGAGCCUGGUGGUGUACUCGGCCGACGGGACUAAGGUGCAGAGCACCCGGCCCGAGCAGACCCGCAUGGACAUCCGGCUGGCCAAGACGCUGGUGCUCAUCCUGGCCGUGCUGGUGAUCUGCUGGGGGCCCGUGCUGGCCAUCAUGGUGUACGACCUCUUCUGGAAGAUGGACGACGACUUUAAGACGGUGUUUGCGUUUGCCACCAUGCUGUGCCUGCUCAACUCCAUGGUCAACCCGGUGAUCUACGCGCUGAGGAGCAAGGACCUGCGCCACGCCUUCCUCAGCUCCUGCCACGCCUGCAGGGGCACCGGGCAGCAGCUGGACAACAGCCUGGAGUCCGACUGCCAGAGCCGCAACACACACUUGGCCGCCCACAGGGCGGCCGAGAGUUGCGUGAAGAGCACUGUGAAAAUAGCCAAAGUGACCAUCUCGGUGUCGAGUGAGACUUCCGCCGCACCUGUCUAGUCGGGCUCUCUGAUGGGAUGUAUGGGUGAAGGGUGGUCGGCACCUCCAACCAUUGAGGCAUUGAGCACGCACUUAGAAAAGAACGAUCCAGAAGAAAGGUUUGACAGAAUUUCCUCUCCUGCGUCUAGCUAUAGUGGUGAACUAAUUAUUUAUGUUAUGUUAAUGUGCCAGUGUAUUGUGUAGUGUUUCAGUGCCAAAGUGCCAAAUGGUAGUGAGAGGAAUUGGUAAGGACGGAGGAUAUGAAGAACUACAAGACAACCAUUAGUCUUUUUCUACCACAGACGUCAUGGAUUCCGAUUAAUGAAGGCAUAUUAUAUUUUUGUAUUGUAAAUUCUAAAUCAAUAUAUCUUCAUUUAUGGGAUAAGGGGCUACUGACAUUUUUAUUCGUGGAUAUUCGAUUCUGUCACUCAUGUCGAUGUGCACAAGAAGGAGAGCAGAUUAUUGCCCCUUGUUGCUUGAGGAUAUGUGAGAGUCAUAUCAUUUCUUGGGAAAAACGACAACAAAUUUGAGUCUGUUUUUCUUUAAUUAUUGUAUUAUUCACGUAUCUUCUUUUAUUUUUAUUUUAUUCAACACAAUCAUUCGUCCCUUGAUUAUUGUCAACUGUAUGAAGAUAAUUGAAGGGUCACUAUGCUGGUGAACAAUCUGUAGAAUAGCUUUUUUCUAAACUUUGCUGAAUAAAACUGAUUAUGUUCUCUGCAUAAAAUUUAACGGCAGGAGAAAACAAAAAGAUUCACAUCUUUAAAGUAAGGUGCAACUAUAACAACCCAAAAAAUAUACAGAAAAAUCCUACAUCUAUGUUAAGAUUCUAUAUUGUCCACUUCUUUACUCUCUAGUAGGUGGAACAUUCUAGUAAUGUGUCUUUGUUCAAAUGUUUAGCUAAAAAUUGUACAGUGUUUCUUGUGAUAAGAAAAACGUGAAACAAUAAAAACAAAUGUUACAUUUGAACGGCACAUUAAAUAAUAUUGCUAGCUUUCGCCUUAAGGCUGGACUCAGAGUGCUGGACACUGCUGUUGAAUAAAGAGGUUUUGUCUGAAUAUAGCUGCUUUCUUCAAGUGUUUUGACUUGGAUUAAGCCUUAUCUGUUUGUGAAACUAUGUGACUUAAGUAAUUCCCCCACAAGCCUUUUGACAAUUGCAGUUGAGUUGUUUUUGUGGUAGCCUCCUCUCAAUGGUUGGGAUAAAUGAAAACAACCAAUUCACAAAGGUUUAGUGAAAUGCUUUUUAUGUAACUUCAAAUAAGGCACGUCUGCUGUGAAAUUGAAAGCAAAGCAAAGCCAAUUCAUUAGCUUGUAAGCGGAUGGUCAUUAUGUGUGCAUUUAUUGAAAUCAACUGAUGAUCCCAUUGAAGCAAUUGGGGAAUAGUGAUUUUCUAGUUGAUUGUGUAAUACUUUUGAUCUGUACAUCUCACAGCACAAUUGUUCCGUAGUCAAUUAUCUUGAUGUAAGCUAACCAGACAGCUAUCUAUCAGUAUGCUUCGCUGCCUCUUGUAUUAUUGAGUAUUCAAGAUCAAAAUGUCGAUUGUCAAGUGGCUUCUGUGCAAUGGUGGCAUAACAAAGGACUACAAUAAAAGAAACGAGUCUCUUUUGUCUUGAUGUUUUUGAGAUCGUGAAAAUAAAGACAAAGAUGGUCGACUUU